GAGGGAAGUGCAUGUAAAGCGCUUGCCGUGGCUCAGGUCAAAGUUUCACCCAAGAGUCGUUAGUGACCUUCUGGUUUUGCGAAGUCUCACGAGAAAUAAAAGGAAACCAUGAGUUCAGACGCCUUGAUGUUGUUGGAGACGGUGAACUUCGCAGCGGAGAAACAUAAAAACCAAAGGCGCAAGGACCCUGAAGCCACUCCGUAUAUAAACCACCCGAUAGGAGUGGCAAGAAUCUUGAGUCAUGAAGGUGGAAUUGCAGACAUUGAAGUUCUACAGGCAGCUUUGCUCCAUGACACGGUGGAGGACACGGACACCACUCCAGCUGAGCUUGAGGCUAGGUUUGGACAGACCGUGGCAAGGAUCGUCCAGGAAGUGACCGACGAUAAGACGCUGCCCAAACAGGAGAGGAAGAGGCAACAGAUAGAGCAUGCACCUCACUGCAGCCACCAGGCCAAGCUUGUCAAACUGGCAGACAAACUGUACAACCUAAGGGACCUGAAUCGCUGUACCCCUGUUGGCUGGACGAGAGAGCGUGUUCAAGAGUACUUUUUGUGGGCAGCACAGGUGGUGAAUGGACUGCGGGGCACCAACCCACUCCUGGAGGAAAAGCUGCUGCAGCUGUUCAAGCAGAGAGGCAUUGACAUGUGAUGCAUCUUUGAUAUUGCCCUGACAGUUCUCUGAAACCAUCAAUACACCUGUACUUGUUGUUUGGCCUCACAUCAUGCUAGACAUCCUUUGUCUGAAAUUCAUUUUUGUGUUUUGGGUUUGCAACCUUGAUUUAUGAAUGAGUGCCUCACUACCUAAAUGAUUUUACAUAUUUUAUGUCACAACUGAGGUUUUAUACAGGUUUAAAACAUUGCUUAAGCAUGAACUGUUCAAUUUUUCCUCCACUCAGAGUAAGAAAUGCACUGAACUACUGAGCAAGGUAAAAAUAAAGCUUUUGGUGCUUGGAAGAUUAUUGGGUAAAUUGAUAUAACCUAAUUCCAAACAUUAGGCUAGAAUUUAAUUGCUGGGGUUUCAAAAGAAACCAGAGAACAGGUUGAAGUCUAUAGAGGCAGUCCCUGAAUUACAAAUGAGUUCUGUGUCCUCAGUCAGUCCUUAAGACUGAUGUAUGAUGUAUGUAUGAACAGUUAAGUAUAGGGAGUAUCUAUUGUGUACUUUUCUAUGCAUAAAACACUUCCACAUACAUCUUCAAUACAGUAACACAUUGUAAUGAUAAAUCUAACUUUUGAGAGAGACAAAGCUUGAGAGAUAUCACUAGUAUGAUGACUAGAGAACAGGGAGAAGACUGGACCUAAGUGCAGGAUCAUUUAUUCAGAAUCAAAGGAUUAGAGCUGUUCUCAGGGACAGGAACAUGGUCACUUGAUUGGCAAACUGAACAGAGAUGAGGAUCCAAAAUCAUGGUGGAGGGACAAGAUGGAUGGUUGUUAUCAAGGAGACAUGGAACAGCAGUGGGGAACAAUGGACAGGACUUGGAUAACUGGGAAGAAAUGUCUUUCAUAGCCGAGUGUGCGUGCGCAUGUGCAAAAUGCAAACUUCAAUGGUUGUUGGCAUUUCAGCUUUUGCUUUAUUUUCACUUUAAUUUCAGUUGAUCUUUUUCCUUUUCUUUGAUGCAUCACCUUCAC